UUAGUACAGCACAAAGAUUACAAAGCUCCAUUCGUUUAUAACAAUCAAAAUUUAGCGGAUAAUGUUAACUUGUAACAUGUCUAAUCGUUAAAAUAUAAUUAGGAUCUCAUAAACAUUUUCAGAUUAGUCAAAACCGAACGGCGUAGGAUGGACGAAAUUUUUAUCUAGAAAUGUGUAAAUUUUGUGGAUGAUUUAUAUAGAAGAAUCCGUAAAAAUAUAAUAUUAAAAAAAACCGUACUAUUUAGUUUCAUUUAAUAUACUUAUUGAAGAAAAAUUGGAAACAGAUAUCAAUUAUGUGCGAAAACGAACUGUCUUUGUUGAAAAACGAAAUGAAACCUCAACGUCCGAAAAGUUUAAAUGUAGCACCAACCGGACAAGUAUGCUCAGACGAUGAAGAGAUCGAUGUUGUUGAUGGGUCUGAUUCUGAAGAUGACACUGCAGACUCUCCUGGUUUUGAAUACGGACCUGACGGUGUUUCAUCUCCCAAAAAGCAAAGAAGAAAUAGAACCACAUUUACAGCUGAACAACUCCGAGAACUUGAAGCUAUCUUCCAACAUACCCACUACCCAGAUUGUACGCUUAGAGAACAGAUAGCCGACAAAGUUGACCUAACAGAAGCCAGAGUUCAGGUGUGGUUUCAAAACAGAAGAGCAAAAUGGAGGAAACAAGAAAAGAACAUAGUGCGCAUGUUCGACGUCUGGCGUCAUAGACUUGAUCAUUACCCAAUGGUUCCACAUCCUUUUGGUCUUGGACCAUCAGCUUUUUCAUCGGUGCGAUCUACAAUGUUCCCAUGGGCACCCCGACUUCCGAUGGGCUUCCCUCCAGUCCUUCCAUUUGCAGGAAUGAUCAACCCAUACAAAGCUGUUGAUAUUCCACCACUGCCACCAAAGUUAGGAGCUGAUCAGUCUCCAAUGUCUCCAAUGAGUCAUUAUGGUACCUAUGCUAGAGACUAUUUACAACGAAUAACUAGAGAGGCAAACGAAAAAUAUGAGAAAGAAUUAGCUGGUCGUCGGAAUAAUUCACCUUCACCCCUGGUCAGACAUCAUUCCACAUCAUCGAAGUCGUCGACAAUUUCAUCUCCAGCAUCGUCGGAAUCAACUACAGUCAGGCGAUCGUCCUCACGAUGAAACAUAUUUUGUUUUUGUUUUUCUAUCUGAAAGUGCGAAAACAAUUCCGUCCCUUUGAAAAAAAAAUGUUAUUUCUUUUAAAUGAUAGAGUAAAAAGAUGUUUUUAUUCCAUAUCACAGCUAAGCAAUUGUAAAAUAGUUUAGCGUGUUGAGUUCCGGAUGAAAAACCUCCAUAAACGACAUGCACACACACACACACAUUUAGGGGCGGAAACUACCAACAUUACAUUUUAAACUAGCAAUAUAUCAACCACGUUUAGUGUUCAAACGCUUAAAGCUACAGCAAAAACAUAAAAUCGUUAAUCAAUGCAUUCCGUGGUGAAACAUUAACCCUUGCCUUGAAACCACGACAUUUGAUCGUUCUUCAUCCAUAGCUUUACUAUCAUUCAGGUAUUGCACUUUUUAUUGAAUUGCAUGUCUGUACUUUUAAUUAAAGUAAGUUUAGUAAUCUCAGUAAUCUUCAGUAUGAAUUCUGGAAAUGUAAGCACAUUUCUUCUAACAUACACCCCUGAUAUAAAUCUAAAAUAUCUGUUUAAAGAGGUUUAACUGUUUCGUAAUACACUCAUACACUUUUUAAAAGUGAUUGAAAGUGUUUUUUUCUUCUUUUUCAUUGUUGUUCCUUUUUGCGAUAGUUUAUCUCUUUCAAAAUGAACAUUGAAGCACAACGCCUAAAUUAAGUUUUUUUGAUAAAAUUCCGUAGCACUGUACAUGCCUUUAUAUUUGUAAGCACAAGUGUACUAUCAUUAUUUCAAGGUGAAGAAUGUCAAAUUGUUCAUCUUUCCUAUAGUGAGAUCGUGAAAAUUUAACAAUAUUAUAUUUUAAACACAGUUUUUUUCAUAACGUUAACAUGAACUGGUAUGAACUGGUGUUUUUAGUUGAAAAAACAAAAAUCUUAUAAAAUUGUCAGAUUGUGUUUUGUCUAUAAUAAUAGAAAUGCCAUAUUUAGCAAUUGUACUACUUUAUUUAUGUAUAAACAUUAGUGUCCGUUUGCUAUUUUCUUUGCACGUAAAAUGUCAACAUUUUGGAACAGACAUUUAUGUUGAAUAAGAUCAAGUAAAGAGAAAGGCAAAGAAGUAGUUUUUUUAUGGGAUUACAAAGCUCACAUGUUUUUUUUGUUAUUUUCUUUACCAUACAUUUACUAUGUACUAUGAGUGCUUCAUAUUCAGUGUUUUAUUGUACAUAUAUAUGUUAACUAUAUACACAUGUAAUUAUUUGAUGUUGAUUAAUAAAUAAGUUUCAAACUGA